CCUCACAACAUCACCAGUAGUCGACCGAACAACAGCAGCAGCUGUUAUUAACCUACAAAUACAAAGCAGUGCACACAAAACUGCUUAUGUGGUAAAAAUUGCGCAUAUUUCAAAUAUUUUUAUAACGCUCUCACUUUUUUAACGCGCAUUUUUCGUCAUUAUCGGGCAAGCAAAAUUAUAAAGUGUUCAAAUCGUCAAUUUUAAAUUUAACGGUAGUGCUAUAUUUCAUAACGGUAUUCGCGAAGUCGUCCAUCAGCCAAAAGGUCCACAGGUCCUGCCGAAUUGCCGGUUGCGUAAUUGUGCGAGGGCGAGGAAUACAUAAAGUCACAGGAACAAAUGGCGUUCGCUCUGCGAGCGGGCCGUUUGGCCAGCACUGGAGUCACCUGGUGCUUGCGCCAGGAGCGCCGGCAGCUCUUACAGUUGUAUAUAGUCAGUGAUAAGAUGCGUAUACAUAGAUUCCCCUUUGGCAGCCAAUCUCAGCAACAAGCUGGCGAGGGAACAACAGGAGCACCGCCGCAACUCAAAAGAAAUGUCGCCUCCGAGAUAACCAGUGUGGGCAAGGUUAUCUAUGAAGCUGGCUGGGAUGCCAAUAAACCAAAAGACGUUCCCAUAGUGGGAGCAACUCAACAAACUACAACAGUCUCGACAUCGUCUGCCGCAUCAGCAUCGUCAUCGGAUUCGACUUCCGAUGAUGAGAAGUUGCCCAAAGAAUCGCAGGAUAUGCAGAAAUCGAAACGCGAACAGAUGCGGGACAAUAUGCAGGAUUAUAUAUUCACACGCUAUUUCAACUAUGUUAAGAACUAUGACAAAGUGCUGGAGAAGAAUUUCCCCAAGGCCAUGCAGCUGUACAAUGUCUUCUUUGACGGGGUCAAGGAUUUCUUUGGAGACAUGAAACGCUUCUUGAAAAUUGCUCGCAUUGCUAACGAUUCGCCGCAGGGGAUACGUGCCUUAAAUCGCCAGGAGCUCGAGUUGUAUAUGCAAAUGCCCAGAGAUAUGAUGAAAGUGGCUCCAGCCUUGAUUGGAUGCUCUCUGCCAAUGGUUGGCUAUGCAUUCUUUCCGCUAGUCUUUUGGUAUCCACGCACAUUUCUCACAUCCCAUUUUUGGACGCUGGAACAGCGUUCAGAUUUCCAGAACUAUUACAUGAAGCAUCGCCUCCAAUAUAACAAGUCUGUGUUCCGUUGCCUCCAGGCCAAAUUGAAGUCCUUGGCCGGACAUCACAAUCAUGCCGAAUUCGAAUGCAUCUUAGGUCAACUGGGCAGUGGAACACAUCCCACUGCCGAGCAAUUGAUUGCUGUGAAAGAUAUCUUUGCCGAAGGUCCCUAUUCCCUAUUGGGAAUGUCGCGUAAACAUGUCAAAUAUCUGGUCAAGAUGCAUGGCCUACCGAAUAGCAUCUUUAAGCGUCAUCGCCUACAUGAGCAUGCCUUUCUAGUUCACUACAUGGACCAGGCCAUAACCAAAGAAGGUGAUGUCCACAAUUUGAGUGUGGACGCCUUGCGCUACUCCUGCUAUUUGCGCGGCCUCAAUCCGGUUAAUCUCAGCAAUGAGCAAAUGAUUGAAUGGCUUCGUAAUUGGGUCAAAGUCUCGACGUCCAUUCAAGGAGAGCACAUUACCUUGUUCCUUCACUUGCCCAUUCUUCUGGGUUACAAUCACCCAAACAACUGGAAGACCAUAUACUGCAAGACCGAGGCUAACUAAUUGUUGUACCAUCAAGUCAGAUCAUUUUAAUUUGGUAGACUGCUUUAAAGAUUGGACUGUUUUUUUUUUUUUGUAAUUACAUAUAUUUCUAUGUUGUUUCAUGGGAGCAAAUAAAAUUGUUAAAGGAAAAAAAGAACUCUAUACGCAAUUUAAAUUUUGUGCGGUUCAACCUUCGAAAUCCA